AUGCUGGACGACACUGCUGCUGCUGCGUCCCGGCGGGACAAACUGACUCGGGCCCACUCCCUGGAGAGACUAUUUAGGUUGCCACUUCCGCCGCCGCAGAUGCGCAUCCGGCCCCGGUGGUUUCCGGCGCAGGAACUGAGGGACCCUUUGGUGUCCCACCUGAAGGCACGGCAGGCGGACGCGAUUUUGGGUCCAGACCUAGCCAUAAUUCCAGAAAUGCAGGGGACGAGCCAGGCCCUGCUCACGGUGAACAUAGUGGACUCCGGGAACUUAGUUGAAAUCACUGUCUUCGGACAGCCCAGUGUCCAGAAUCGGGUGAAGAGCGCGCUCUUAGGCCUGGCGUGGUUUCAUCGAGAACGUCGUGCCGGAGCUGAGAAGAUGAAGCACCUUGAGGAGAACUCGAAGGCCGGUCCACGAGGUUCCCACACUGCCCAGCAUCCUAUUGCGUAA